AUGCAGAACCUUCUCGAUCAGAACUUAGACAUGGCCACAGCUCUACUUGCAGGAGAGAAGCUGAAGGAGCUGAUCCUGCCAGGCUCCUCUCAGGAUGAGAAGGGCGGGGCUCUGGCGGGACUCAUGGUGCAGCUAAAACUGGAGCUGCCUUUUGAUCGCGUAGUCACCAUCGGCACAGUCAUCAUCCCCAUCCUGCUCGUCACGCUCGUCUUCACAAGGAAUUUUGCAGAGGAAUCCAUCUAUUGUUACACACCGCACAAUUUCACCAGAGACCAAGCACUGUACGCCCGAGGCUACUGCUGGACGGAGCUGCGCGACGCUGUACCUGGAGUGGAGCCUCACCUGUGGCCUUCACUGUUUGAGCAUAAAUUCCUGCCCUACGCUCUGCUGGCGUUCGCAGGGAUCAUGUAUAUUCCUGUACUGGGCUGGGAGUUUCUCGCCUCCACACGGCUCACUUCAGAGCUCAAUUUCCUGCUUCAGGAGAUUGAUAACUGCUAUCACCGAGCUGCUGAGGGCAGAGCGCCAAAGAUCGAGAAACAGAUCCAAUCCAAAGGACCUGGAAUAACAGAAAGAGAGAGAAGGGAGAUCAUUGAGAAUGCAGAGAAGGAGAAGAGUCCCGAGCAGAACCUGUUUGAAAAGUAUUUGGAAAGACGAGGUCAAAGUAACUUUCUGGCUAAGCUUUAUUUUGCACGUCAUCUGGCCAUCAUCUGCCUCAGCUCCAUCCCCAUCUCCUACCUGAGCGCGUACUACGCCCGGCAGAGACAGAAUGAGUUCACCUGUGCUCUGGGGGAGCCUCCAGACAUCAGCAGCUAUCCUGAGCUUAAGCUCAAAGUAAACUGUAAACUGCCUGCUGUGCAGCUGCAGCGCAUCAUGGCCGCUGUAGACAUAGCUCUGCUCUGCUCUGUCAACUUCAUUAUUCUGUUAAAUCUGUUAAAUUUAUUUGUCGUUCGCAAAUCAAACUUUGUGUUUGACAAACUGCAUAAAGUAGGUAUCAAGACUCGAAAGAGCUGGCAGAAAUCUCAGUUUUGUGAUAUUAAUAUUUUGGCCAUGUUUUGCAAUGAAAACAGGGACCACAUCAAGUCACUGAACCGACUGGACUUCAUCACUAAUGAGAGUGACCUGAUGUAUGACAAUGUGGUCCGGCAGCUGCUAGCAGCGCUGGCUCAGUCCAACCAUGAUUCUACUCCAACUGUGAGGGAGUCUGGAAUACAAACUCUCGAUCCCAAUCUGGACCCUUCAGACCUCGGGGUGGGAGAGCUGGGAGGAGAGCCUCUGGUCAUCAAACGACCUCGCAAAAAAAUAAAGUGGAUUCCAUCUUCAAAUCCACUCCCUCAACCAUUCAAGGAGCCCGUUGCUCUGGCAGGUUUACAGAGCACUGCAAAGCCUGAGAAACCCAAACCUCUGAGACGAAAGACUGUUGCAGACAGCCUCAUUGCACCACUUCUUGAUAACAAGAGCACACACAACCAUCCAACAAAAGACCUGAGUGGAAUGGAAAAGAAACACACUCGAAACUUCUCCCUGGAUGUCCAUCCAUACAUGCUCACAAUACGUAAACCAAAAGUCGGCACCACUGCAGCUGUGCCUGUUCCCUCAGAGCACAGCAUUGAUGAAGUGUUUCUUGAAGGCACACACACAAUUGUUCAUGUUUCCGCUGGAAUGACAGAGACAAAGAUUUGCUCUCCUGAAUCUACCACUACUGCCUUUUCUACCGUGACCCUCCCCACCAACACUUAUGUAAAUGGUUUGAGUCCAAACCCACCGUCCAGUGAAGACGCGCUCAGCCCUAAAUCCUCCCCGUCUCAAAGGGACCCUCUUCCUCAGGCAGCAAACAUGGAGUGUCUGUCUCCAUCUCUCACCAUUGCUCCUGCACACCAGCUUUUAAGUAUUCAUCAUAAUAUGUUUGAGGAAGACGAGGAUGAAGAGAACCGCAGGAGACUUGCAGAGAGACCAGGGGAACUCAUUGCAGCAGGCGAAUGUUAA